CGGGGGACGCUUUCAGCACACAGAGCAUCAGCUAGACAGCAGCUUAGAAGACUAAUGACCCAGCAUGAGGAGCCAGUCAUUCCAGUAACAUGGACAAGUACGAAAAGGUGAAGAAAAUCGGCGAAGGGUCAUUUGGAAAGGCUGUCCUUGUCAAAUCCAAGGAAGAUGGACACCAAUACGUUAUCAAAGAGAUUGGCAUAUCAAGGAUGUCAAAUAAAGAGAGGCAGGAGUCCCGAAAAGAAGUUGCUGUUCUUGCCAAUAUGAGCCACCCCAACAUCGUGCAGUACAAGGAGUCUUUUGAAGAGGGUGGGUGUUUGUAUAUUGUGAUGGACUACUGUGAGGGUGGAGACCUCUUCAAGAAGAUCAACUCUCAGAAGGGGAUACUUUUCCCAGAAGAGCAAAUCUUGGAUUGGUUUGUGCAGAUUUGCCUGGCACUGAAGCAUGUGCACGAUCGAAAGAUUCUUCACAGAGACAUCAAAUCACAGAACAUAUUCCUGACAAAAGAUGGCACCAUACAGCUUGGGGACUUUGGAAUUGCAAGGGUGCUUAACAGCACUGUAGAGCUGGCAAGAACAUGCAUAGGAACACCAUAUUACCUGUCACCUGAGAUUUGUGAAAACAAACCCUACAACAACAAAAGUGAUAUUUGGGCCCUGGGGUGUGUCCUAUAUGAAAUGUGCACUCUUAAGCAUGCAUUUGAGGCCGGCAACAUGAAGAACCUGGUUCUGAAGAUCAUCCGUGGGUCAUACCCUCCUGUGUCAGUUCACUACUCCCAGGACCUGCGCUUUCUCUUGGGACAGCUAUUCAGACGCAACCCCAGAGAGAGGCCCUCAGUCAACAGUAUACUGGACAAACCUUUCCUCUCCCGUAGGAUAGAACGGUUCCUCACACCACAGAUCAUCGCUCAGGAAUUCAGCCAUACUUUUCUUUACAAGCAGCCUAAAGUGGGUGUGGCACAGGGACCACCAGCCAAGCGCCCUGCCCCUGCCUCCAUACCUCUUAGCCCAGCACAGAAGAUUACCAAACCAGCCAGCAAAUACGGAGUGCCUUUAACUGUCAGGAAGGUCUCAGAUGGAGCCAAGAAGCCUGCAGAGAGGAAACCAGCUCCUAAACAUAAACCGGCCCCUCUCCCAGCAGCCCCCCAGAGAAGAGUGAGUCAAGUGGAGGAAGAGAGGAAAAAACAUGAGGAUGGCAUGAGAAAGAAGAGGAUGGAGCUUAUAGAGAAAGAAAGGAAACAAAGGGAGCAGAUGUUCCUGUUGAAAGCAGGGCAGAUGAAGAGAUAUGAAAAGGAAAAGAUCAAUCGUAUAAACCAAGCCAGAGAGCAGGGCUGGAAGCAUGUGUUGAGCUCUAGCGGAGGCAGCAGCCCUGAGAGGAAGUGUUUUGGAGGUGGUGGCAAGAGGGCAGCAGGUGGUGGUCCUUGCCCUGCCCCAAGCCCUGCUCAGGGUCCCGCUCCAGCACCCCUCCCCUGCAGGAACAUGUAUGAACACUACCAUGCUGCUCUUGACCAGAUGGCUAAGCCGCAACCUAAAGAGGCCAGAAAGGAGGGCUCCUCAGCAGGAGUGGUCAGCCCUAUUCGGGGUGUACCUGCUGCUGCUGGCCCAGUGCUACCCAGUGGUCCAACCCCUGAUGCAGUUAGGAGAGAGCUACAGAGGCUGCACUAUGUUUCUAAACAAGCCCAAAUUAGCAGGCACCGUGGUCAGAUGGCUGCUGAACGGGCCUAUCAGGUCGAAGAGUUUUUGCAGCGUAAGAGAGAAGCCAUGCUUAACAAAGUCCGUGCUGAGGGACAGCUGGGUGCCCGGCAAAACUUGGCAGCAAUCUAUGGAGGCCGGGCAGCUUCGGUUCGAUGCCGGAGACCCAAAGUCAACAUAGAAGAGGAGGAGUACUUGGCACGGCUGAGGCAGAUUCGCUUGCAGAACUUUAAUGAGCGUCAGCAGAUCAAAGCUCGACUCAGAGGAGAGAAGUAUGACAGCGAUGGUUCUGACAGCCAAGAGUCCAGUGAGGAGGCAGAGCUAAGAAGAAAGAAGAUAGAGACUUUGAAAGCCCAAGCAAAUGCCCGUGCUGCAGUGCUGAAAGAGCAGCUGGAGAAGAAGAGGAGAGAAGCUUACGAAAGAGAGAAGAGAGCCUGGGAAGACCAUCUUGCAGCUCGGGGGGUGAAGGUUGCCGUGCCAGCAGGAAACGUAGCAGCAGCAGCAGUACCAGUAGCAGUAGCCGUAGCUCCUACCUCUGAACCUCCUCCACAGCCCAGCCCCUUGCAGCCAGAGCCAGCCGCUAAAGCUCUGUUCCCUCCUGCAUCCAAACCCUCCACCCCAGCCAUAUCCAUGACUGCUGCCCUGAGGGAUGUUGGCGCAAAUUCUUCCAUAAAAGAAGACUUGUCUAAACCCGAGACUGCUACCGUGAUGCAGAGUGAGAAAAGGCAGAUUCUGCGGAGACUUAAUCAGAAUCUAAAAGCUCAGGGCCCAGCGGAGGAGUCGGCUCCACCCCCUGAGGACUCAGGUCUCCCUCCCAAGCAGAACCAGCCUGCCACCGAGGAAGGGCCGGCUUCACUAGGAGACAGGAAGAAGUGGGAAGCUGCAGAACCACCUGUCCUGUCUGUGGCUCAGAAAACCUUAGAGGAGAGCUGUAGAACUACAGUCGAUACCUUGAUAUCACCAAUGUCUGGUGGAGACAGGAAGAAGUGGGAGGCAGGAGCUCCACUUGUCCUCUCUGUGGCCCAACAGACACUAGAGGAGAGCUGCAUCAAGACCACCGAGCAGACAGUGGGUGAAGUGAUUCAGAUGGGUUUGCUGCAGGGAGAGGCUCCUAGGAAAGUGUGGGGGAAGAAUCCAGACUCUCAGGUCCUGAGAGUCCUGCAGGAGGCAGAGCUUCAGCCUCUUACCCAGCUGCUAGAGAACGUCAGCAUAUGUGAGGGGGAGUUCUCUAGCCCUGUAUCCCAAGACAAUCCUGACCAGACAGCUGUGGCUGAAGUUGUGAGGACAUCUAAAGAAGUGCUGCCUUCUCAGCAGAGUCCACCUGCUGCAGCUCAGAGCCCUGGUGCCCAGAGGGAGGGUCCAACAGCAGCACAGGUCUCAGGUCAGGAGGCGUCUGGUGCCGGAGCAGCAGAACAGCGAACACUGCUCCCCGACCUCACUGACACUCAUGAUCCUACAGACUUGGAGUCAAUGGUUUUGGAAGAGCGCCCAAAUCAGGCGUCACAUACCCCAGCUGCAGUGCAACAGGCAUGGGAGCAGCAGGCCCAGCUGCCAGCGCCACCAGAGGGCAUCGCAAGAUCAGCAGAGACCAAGGACACUGAGAAAAGUGCAGACAAACAGAUGGAAUCCUCUGGUUUUGCACCCUGCGAGGAGCCCCUGUUUAUGAAGUUGUGUUCCCCGGCCCACCGGCGCACCGCUGCUCUGGUGGCCCUCUCAGCUCAGUCCUCGAUGGAUGAAUCCUCCUCGUCUCUGGCCUCCCGCUCACGCUCUGUCUCACCUCUGCGCUCAAAACACCACGACGCCCUCCUCAUCGGUCUCUCUACUGGCAUGUUUGACGCCAACAACCCCAAGAUGCUGCGGACAUGUUCCCUUCCAGACCUCAGUCGUCUCUUCAGCUGUCAGCAGGACCCAGCAAUAUCUAGUGAGGCUGUCGUUGCCCCAGACAACAACCUGGAAAUAGAGGACCUGGAUGAGGCAGCUAAAGACGAGGAUCAGUCAGAGACCGAGGAUGCAUAUGAGGAUGAAGACCUGCAGGAGCUCCGAGCCUCCAUGGAGAGACUCCUGCAGGAGGAGGGAGACUUAACCAGGAGCCCUCCGGAGGAUGAAACAGGGGACUUCAAUGGAAAUCCUCCAGGGGCUGAAGACCAAGAGCCUUUCAGCAGGAUGGCUGCUGAGGUUGAGGAGGACGACCCCCACCACAUGGCUGUGGAUGAUGAUGAGGAGGAGGAGGACGAGGAGGAGGAGGAUGAUGAUGAGGAAGAUGAGGAAUGCUACAAUGGGAGCCCCGGUGAUGAAGAUGCCGGGGAGCCGCUUACCAACGGUGUGGAGGAGGAGCACCACAGCAGCAACAGCCAGCUCAAUGAAGAGUGGCAUUCAGAUGGCAGUGGAGAGGAGCAGGGCGGAGAGGUCGAACAUCAUGACAGCAUCUUCAGUCGUCUGGAAGAGCUGCGCUUCAACCUGGAGCAGCAGAUGGGCUUUGAGAAGUUCAUUGAGGCCUACAAUAAGAUUAAGGCUAUACAUGAGGAUGAAGAUGAGACUAUUGACCUCGGCUCCAGUUUGGUCUUGAGCAUUUUGGGAACUGAGCACCAGCACCUGUAUCCCAACAUCCUUCACCUGGUAAUGGCAGAUGGAGCAUACCAAGAAGAUAAUGACGAAUAGUGUUUUGUGCAAUGAAGCUGCUGGCAGCUAUGACAAUCUGCUAGCCAUCUGAUGUCUUCCCAUGGCACACGUCAUGCGGCAGGAGGAUCUAUGCAUGAGGUGUCACAGCCACGCAUCUAACAGUGUUUCAGGCACACUUGCAUGAUGAGUAACUAGUACACUUAAGGCUGUAUUUCGUACUUUGACUAUCAGCACCUGACACUAUUUUCUAACCAGUGUUCAUACAAAAGUGCAUUAUCAAAUAUGUGUUCUUAUUAACCAAAGUUAACUUCAAGGUUUGGUCAAAUAUAUAUGAGUAUGUGUGUCCAUAAAUUGUUGAAACACAUUUAUUGUCACAUUUGCUGAUGGCAGAAACCCUGUUCUGUGUUUCAUGGUUCAUUAAGAGUCUACAGUGGUAUUUCAUGUGGUUGGGUAGAGAUCUGGUCCCCUCAGGUGCUCAUUUUAAUUCAGAGGGGGUGUCACACACACACACACGCACACACACACAGCUUCGAAACAUAAACCAGGUCAGCCUCAAAACAAAUUUAUUACAAUUUCACAAAACCAGGUGAACCUCCUUUUCUUACAACUUUUUCACCAAAUAAAUAAUUAAAUGUUCUGCAUUUUUUUUUCCACAUUUCCUACUGAUUCCGUUAACCCAAGUUAGUUCAAAGGGAAGAUGACAUUUUGUGUGAGAAUGGUGGAUGUUGCCAUGGCACUGUAGCAAGACUGCAGCACAAGAGUGCUGCUGGUGAUUUUGCUUGUCAGGUCAGAAUGUGAUAGUCUGCACAGAGACAUGUACAGAUAAUGGAAGAAAUGCUAUAGAUGAUAAGAAAUAAUGCAUAUUUGAUAAUUAAGAAAAUAUUGUGAAUCUUUAUAUAAAAUAAACCCUUUUUUAAGAAUCCUAA